CAUGUAAUAUUAAAUAACUCUCCUUCUUUUCUCCUUUCCCUUCCUUCCCCUCCACUCCUCCUCUCCCCUCCCUCUUCUCCUCUCUAUCUGGUCCUUGAGAGGAGUUCUCCACUGUGCGCCGGUCUGCCGUGCUUAGAGAGCGCUGCUAGUCAUCACUCGGUCUGUCCCUCUCGCUCGCUUGCUCUCUCUCUAUCCUAACUCUCUUUCUUGCUCUCUCUAUCUUUCUCUCUCUCUCCCUGUGUCUCUUGCUCUUGUUCUCUCUCAGUCAAUGUGAGUGUGAGAGGACUUUGGGCAGUGGCGACGUCAGAGGCAGAGAGCAGCAGAAGAGAGAUGUGGAGCUGAGUUGACAAGCAAAGCAGCCGCUCACUUCUCUCCCUCUCUCUCUCCCUCUCUCUCUCUCUCUCUCUCUGCAUGUCUCCAGCUUACACUUGCACUCCAACUCUGGAGCCUAAAGCAUCCUCGCAGCUGACGCACUGGACCAGGCGCCUCUUCACUUUGUACGAGGCUUUUCUCGCUUCGUGCUUUCGCUCUCCCUUAUCGGUUGAGUACCUUCGGCUCUUCGCUGGAGUUCCAGAACUACAGAAAGAAGACGAGGAUAUGGAGGAAAGGAAGAGAACGUGAGGAGAAGGUGUCGUGAGAGACCGUCUAACUGUAAAUGAGAGAGAAGAAAGGACAUAAGAGAGGCCAGAGUUGGGCAAAAGAGAGGCAAAAGAAGAGGGUAAAAGUGUUCAAGUGCAGAGAAAGUACUGCUGUAACAAGUAGGAUACUUGCGAAAGGUGAGACCGGUGUAGAGGGAGACAGACGGAUAGCAGUGACGGAUAUUAAAAGUGAUCUUGCAGCUACGCUGGACGUGCAGCAGGUGAAGAGGGGAGAGCAGCAGGAGUGUCCAGAGCCUUCGCUGGAAGGCUCUGCAAGUACAGACCUGGCGAGCCACAUGCCCAUCCAGUUUGUCUGCAAAGUCAAGUUCGCCGAGGGAGAUGAGGCCAAGGCGACCCCGUCCAAGCAAGACAGCACAGGCCCACUGGACGAGCGCCUAGGCCGGCCUAGAGGAGGAGGUGUAGCAGACCUGGCUGCCUUUGCUAGCUCCUCAUCCCUACAUGGCCUGGCUCAUGCUUUAGGGACCUCAAGGUCAGGGCGAGUAGGAAUGCGGCAGACCUUGUGGGCCCUGGCCCUGAUGAUGUCGCUGGCGCUCUUCUUGUAUCAAGCAACCCGGAGUGCCGUCGCCUACCUGGAGCACCCGCACCUGGCUGCCCUGGGUGAGGAGAGCCGGCGUGAGCUCACCUUUCCUGCUGUCACCCUCUGCAACGUCAACCGCUUUCGCUUUUCGGCACUUACGGACGCCGACAUCUACCACCUGGCUAACCUCACAGGGCUGCCGCCUAAGAGCCGAGGCGGCCAUCGACCGGGCGAGCUGCAGUACCCACCUCCCGACAUGCUGGACAUCUUCCAACGCACGGGCCACCAACUGGAGGACAUGCUGAAGAGCUGCAACUUCAGUGGGCAGAAUUGUUCUGUUCAUGACUUCAGCGUGGUGUACACUCGCUAUGGAAAGUGCUACACAUUCAACGGGAACAAGACGUCUGCAAAGAGGACGCGCCAGGGGGGCAUGGGGAACGGCCUGGAGCUGAUGCUGGACAUACAACAAGACGAGUACCUCCCUAUCUGGAGAGAGACUAACGAGACAACUCUGGAGGCAGGGAUUCGUGUUCAGAUCCACAGCCAGGACGAGCCUCCCUAUAUUCACCAGCUGGGUUUCGGAGUUUCUCCAGGAUUCCAGACCUUCGUAUCCUGCCAGGAACAGAGGCUGUCGUACCUGCCACAGCCAUGGGGGAACUGUCGAGCAUCAUCUGAGCCUGUCAUCCCGGGAUACGACACCUACAGCGUGAGUGCCUGCAGACUGCACUGCGAGAGCAUACAGGUCCAGAGAGAGUGCAACUGCAGGAUGAUCCACAUGCCAGGAAGUGCGGAUAUCUGCACACCAGCUAAAGUGAAAUGUGUUGACAGGGCACUCGCUUUGCUGCAGAAGGACACAGGAGAUUCGUGUCCAUGUGAAACUCCCUGUAACGUGACUCGAUACGGCAAAGAGCUGUCUAUGGUUAAAAUCCCCAGCAAAGGGUCUGCACGCUACCUGUCCCGCAAAUACCACAAAACCGAGGAGUAUAUCAGAGACAACUUCCUCAUACUGGACAUCUACUUUGAAGCUCUGAACUACGAGACGAUAGAGCAGAAGAAAGCGUACGACAUAGCCGGGCUGCUAGGAGACAUUGGAGGCCAGAUGGGGCUCUUUAUUGGAGCCAGCAUUCUCACAAUAUUGGAGAUACUUGAUUACAUCUAUGAGGUUGUCAAGUACAGACUCAAGAGACUUCUGAGGCCACAAAAGAACCAAAACCAACAGAACCAGAGGAACCAGAUUCAGAACCAGAUUCAGGGAACAAAGAACCUCCGAGAACAGAACCUUAGAGCUCAGCUAGCAGCUAGCACCAUCGCAACAGUCAGACUAGAGGAUGUCAAAGCCAAGGACCCUAAGGACGUGAUGAUGGCUCAAGCACACGGCGUAUAUCCAGCCUCGAUAUUGCCAAACCACCACCAUACACAGGCAGCUGUACAGCAGGACUUUGCUUGCUAGAAGAAGUUUUGUCUUAGUCUUCUCACUAUCUACAAUAAUUUAUCACUGGACUCUAGGCCCUUGGAUGGAACCAUGCACUUGAUUCGUAGGCUACAUUUACAUCUCUCACCUAUAAAAGCUGCAGCCAAAGUCAAACCCGUGAGGACCGCAUGCCGUUGAAUGCCCCCUUUCAGUGGGUGCUUGGCAUGUGUCCAGGUGUGGGUCAAACCGGCUCAAACUGGCUCCACUACAUCAGCAAACAGUGGUAUUAGCAUCAUCCUGCAUUAGCACCAGAAGAACAAGCCCAGUGUGCUUCACAUGUGCCAGUUACACUGCAAGCCAAUGUGUAGGUGUUACAUUCUUGAAUAUCUCACGUGACACAAGGUGUUCAGUCUUCUUUGAGGGACUUCUUGUGAUGGACAUGACACAUGUCUGCAUAUCACCUUCAAUACCUCACACAAGCACAGUUUCUUCUUAUUUUUCACCUGCUGGGCAGACGAUGAGCACAGACUGGACACGUCACUCAUGGAAGCAGAUGUUCACAAGUGUAGCGACGCUGAUGAUUUCAUAGUGAAUAUGCUCAAAAAGAAAUUCCACUGAUUUUUCAAAAUGACCACGUUUUAAUAGUUAAGAUGCAAACAAAAUUAUUAAGAGUGGAUUGAUGCAGAAUGGC